AUGGAUUCUACACUCGCUGUCAGACCUGUACAUACACCUCGUCCUGCAACACCGGUCUCGCCAGAGAUCGAUGCCGCGGAUGGCCCUCCAGCCAAGUUGAAGGGCCGCCAUAAGCUCAUUCAGAGCCUGCAGAGGAUGUCUUCCUCUCCGUCCCUAGCAAAGCUGGGCCGGACGAGGUCGACUGAGAAGGUUUACCGGCCCAACCACAAAGCCUCGAUAUCAUGCACAUCCUUGAACUCCGCAAAUACCUCGAGCUCAUUCUCACCACCGAACUCCUUCUCGUCACAGCUUUCCUAUGGCUACUCAACGGCGCCGACCACGCCUGGCUCGCCUGGCAGUCAGCAAUCCUACUUCGACACGAAUGCCAGGCUGAGACCACUCGACUCGAACGAGCUGUCCUCCGUGUCUGUGCCUAUCGACAUCCGAUCCUCUAAGCCGAUCUCGACCACGUUGCAUGAAAUACCAGAAAAGCCCAUGCCCAGACGGCAGGACUUCAACUUCUGGAGGGAUCUGCCACACGAGAUUCGGGUACAGAUAUUUGGUUAUCUGACCCCAAGAGAAGUUAUCAGAAUGUCCGCAGUCUCCAAGCACUGGCACGACAUGUGCUUCGAUGGGCAGUUAUGGACAAGUCUUGAUUGUCAAUCGUAUUACACGCAGAUCACAUCCGAGGCACUGAUCAAGAUCAUGCUUAAGGCAGGCGGGUUCGUGAAAGACCUCAAUCUGAGAGGCUGUGUGCAGCUGCGAGAUCAGUGGCUAAGUCUGGGAACGAGAAUGACCAACCAAGAGUGUCGAAAUCUGGAGAACCUGGUUAUUGAAGGCUGCAAGAUCGAGCGAGCAAGUAUUCACUUCUUCCUACUUCGAAACCCGAAAUUGCUGCACAUCAACAUGAGGGGUAUGCAGAACAUCAACAACUCCACCAUGAGGAUUAUCUCCUCGCACUGUACACAGUUGGAGGUCCUGAACAUCGAUUGGUGCUCACAAGUCGACUCCAGAGGACUUCGACUCGUUGUACAGUCUUGUCCAAAUUUGCGAGAUCUUAGAGCUUCAGAUGUUCGAGGUUUUGAUGACCUUGCCUUCAUGAAGGAACUCUUUGAGCGCAAUAAUCUCGAGCGUCUGCUUCUACAGCAUUGCGAUACUCUGACAGACGAAGCCUUGGAAAUGCUGGUGCAUGGCGAGGAUCCAGAAAGAGAUGUUCUCAGUGAUCGACCCUUGGUACCUCCUCGACGGCUUCGGCAUCUCGAUUUAAAGCGAUGCAGAAACAUCACAGAUCGUGGGCUGAAGGCGUUGGUUCACAACGUACCCUUCCUCGAAGGCCUGCGUCUGUGCCAAGACACUGCUCUUACUGAUGACUCGCUUGUCGCGCUGCUCCCAACGACACCACGGCUUACACACCUCGAGGUCGAAGAAGUCGAGAACCUCACCAAUGCAACCCUGAUCGCUCUCGCUGGCUCGCAGUGCGCACGGACGCUCGAGCACUUGAACAUCUCUUACUGCGAACAGAUGGGCGACUCUGGCACCCUACCACUGCUCAAAGCUUGCACCAACGUUCGCUCAUUGUGCCUCGACAACACACGUGUCUCAGAUCUGACACUUAUGGAAGCAGCCGAGCUUAUACGAAGGCGAGGCAGCACGACCAAGAAGUACCAACGGCCGAAGAAAGGUCUGGAGCUCGUGGCCUUCGACUGCGCAAAUGUGACCUGGGCAGGUGUGCGUGAAAUCCUACAGUCCAACUGCCGCGUUAUGAGUGGGCGGAAGAAAUCUGUCGUGACGAUGGUAGCCGCUGAGACAGGAGAAGCAGGCGAGACUGAAAAUGAUGGCGCCGAGGUCGAAGAAAUCAAGCGCAUCAUCGAGAUCUCCACUCUCUUGUACCCGUCACAGAUCAUCCACCUCAAGGCGUUUUAUGGCUGGCAGCAGACCGUUGAGGAGCACUACAAGCGCUGCUCGACUGCCCGGUGGGGAGCAGCUGCGAGGCUGGAACACAAAUGGGCAGAAUGGAUGGUUGCCAGUCAGGAAGUUGGUUCUAUCGGUGGUGGCUGGAGUUCCAGGAGACGGAGAAGGCGAGCAAGGGAAGCAGAGGACAGAGUGCGUGAUGAGAAUGAGCAUGGCGUGGACAUGAACGCGGAUCCCGGGACUGACAGGAUGAUGACACGAGUUCCGGUGUCGACACGCCGAAUGGUGGAAGGCAGCAUGGACGCAGAAGAGCGAGAAGCGGCGGAUGCAGUGUUAUGUGAGGAGACACCUUGUCGUUUGAUUCCGACUGGGUGA